UCCAGAUCCUCAGAAGCCACGCCCACAGCAUCAGCACACAUCCGGGUCACUCAGCUGAAGAACGCGCUCUUAUCAGCAGCAAACAACCAGAAACAAGAAGCUGACGAUGGAGUUCAUUAAAGAGGAGAGUGAUGCAGAAACACAGAGAGAGAGACAGGAAGAGACUGAGGAGCAGAGAGACCUGAUGGAAAUGGAAGAGGAAAGUGAAGAACUGAGCGAAGUUGAAGAGGAAAGUGAAGAACUGAAUAAAAAAUCUUCUAAAAAGAAUGUGUCACAAAAAAGAAGACCGAGAACUGGAGCUAGAAAGUCGUGCACCUGCCAUCAGUGUGGAAGGAGUUUCACAUGUAAGGGAAGCCUGAAGGAUCACAUGAGAAUCCACACCGGAGAGAGACCUUUCACAUGCAAGUACUGUGGAAAUGGGUUUAAACAAAGAGCAAGCCUUACAGAACACAUAAGAAUCCACACUGGAGAGAAGCCGUUCAAGUGCAAUCAGUGUGAGAGGAGUUUUCGACAAAAAGGAAGCCUUACAGGGCACAUGAAAGUUCAUAGUGAAGAGAAGCCUUUUACAUGCCAGCAGUGCGGGAAAACUUUUGCACAAAGCGGAAACUUUCAGACUCACUUAAAAACUCACUCUGAUGUGAAGCCGUACAUCUGUCCUCAGUGUGGGAAAGGUUUUAGAGUGGCAGGAAACCUGAAAGCACAUGAGAGCGUUCACAACGAUGUGAAGGACGUGAAGCCGUAUCACUGCGCUCCAUGCGGGAGGAGUUUCACCCAAAUGACCGCUCUUAAAAGACAUUUAAAGUCAUUCAUACAUAAUAAAUACCUGCCGCUAGAGAAAUUCAUGCUCCAGAGUGGCUCCUCAGGAGAGAAUGUGUCACUCACUAAAACACAUUUCCUGCAGUGAAGUUCUUGCCAUCUUGAUAAAGUCUAUUAAACAAAUAAUUAAAACAUGUCUACUGCUGUAAAUGGAUGGUUUAAAUU